AUGACUUCGAAUAACAGCUUUGGAGCAGAGACAACUGCCGAAGAAGUGGCAGCGUCUUUUCGCGACCAGAUUGCUGGAAAGACGAUUCUCAUCACUGGCGUCAGUCCCAAUGGACUCGGUGCUGCUACCGCUGAAGCUCUCGCCAAGUAUGGCCCGGUGAAUCUAAUCUUCACUGCUCGGACACUCUCCAAGGCCUCUGCCGUAUCCGACACUAUCCGGACCGAGAAUCCAAAUCUGAAAACACAGAUCCAUCUCGUCCAUGUCGAUUUGUCAGACCUGGACAGUACUCGCCAGGCUGCCGCCAACAUCCAAAAGCUGGCACCGCAAAUUGACAUCAUUAUCAACAAUGCAGCGGUAAUGGCCAUCCCCGAGAGAGAGAUGACAAAGUAUGGACUCGAAGCACACCUGGUCACCAAUUUCCUCGGCCAUUUCGUUCUCACGACGCUUCUUUCUCCGCAGUUGAAAGCCGCGGGAUCCAAGGCGCGGGUUGUUAACAUUGUCAGUGGCGGGUUCUACGUCCAGCCGUUCCGUUUCAGUGACUACAACUUUGACGGCGGAAAAGACCUCCCAGAGGAGGAGCAGGUCGACGUUGUAAAUGCAGAAAAGCUCGGCAUGGGCUGGGUUACGGGCUUCGGCACAGGAUACGUCCCAUUUUUGGCGUACUCCCAAACCAGCACGGCAUUGAUGCUCCUCUCCAAGGGACUAAGUGAGGGUUUCUCUGGAGAAAAGAUCAAGGCCGGUAGUGCCGCUCCUGGAGUUGUCUUGACGGAACUUCAACGGCAUCUUCCAGGAGAGUUCAGGAACCAAAAAAUGGUGUACAAGACUGCAAGCCAGGGAGCUGCAAGCUUUCUCGUCGCUGCUUUGGACCCGAGUCUCGACGACCAUCCAGGAGCAUACAUUGACGAUUGCCAAAUCAAGGAGACUCCGAAAUAUGCUCGUGACGAAGCAGUCGCUCGUAGACUCUGGACAUUGGCUGAAUCAUGGGCAACAAGCGCAUGA